UAGUUAUAAUAAUAUUAAGUAUACUAUGAGAAUGUUCCUACUAUGUAUUUAUCUAAGUUAUUGAAAAAUUAGGCAUCUAUAUAUUGUUUAUUAUUUAAUUAUAUUUAUAUUUUGUUAAGUUAGUUUUUUUUACAAAUAUAAUUUUUGCCAAUAUCUAAUGAUAAUAGUAGUUUAAUUUCUACAAUAUGGUUGAAGUUUGAGCAGUUACUGGUUUUUGGUGAACUAAAAAUGGAAAAUAAAUUAUUAGCCGACUAUGAACAACAGUUUGGCGUUACAAGUGCUGAAAUUACAUCGAAAAUCAGUAGACUUGCUCAUAUUACCGGCAUUGACAGAAAUGAUUAUGUCAAAGAAAUAGAACGGAAUUUAGACGAAGUACACGAUCUAUUAGAACAAAUGGACUUAUCAGUUAAAGAAUCUGAUGUGUCUGUAAGAACUAAGCUUCAUAAUAGAGUAGCUAGUUAUAGAGCUGAACUUCAUCGACUGGCAAAAGAAUUUGCAAGAGCAAAAUGUACUGUCAACAUUGAUUUAGAAGAUGAAAGUAAUUUUGUGGAAAAUGAAGACGCGAGUUCAGAACAAAAACAAAGACUGUUAUACACGUCGGAGCGACUUAAUCGUGCUGGAAUACAGUUGGAUAAUACUUAUCGAGUCACUGUAGAGACAGAAGAAAUUGGUUCACAAAUAUUGACAGACUUGAGUCGUCAGCGAGAGACUAUGCAUAAUUCGUUUAAUAGACUAAAAGAUGCUAACGCAGAGCUCGGGAGAAGUACUCGAAUGAUAAAUGCCAUAAUUGUGCGUUCUCGGCAACAUAAACUAAUUCUAUUUAGUGUCAUGGCAGCAUUUUGUUUCCUUUUAAUGUUUGCUUUUUAUCAUACAUUCCUUUAAACUCAUUUCUACCACUAAAUUAUACUUAUUAUUUUUUUUUUUAAUUAAAAUUGUUUUACAAUUAUUUUUGUUUUUAAAUCAAUAAGCCAUUGAAUCUACAAACAUUCAAUAUUAAAUGUGAUAUAAAUAUGUUAUACCAAACCAAAUAGUAAUAGUAGUUUAAUUUUGACAAAAAUAAAUUAGGAUAUUAAAUUCUAUAAA